GCGAGAUAAGCCUGUAGCUUGGACGAGCUAACGGUGAGGUGAUGUAAUGUUCCCCUUUUGGUGAGGACGGAUGGCGGUGUGCGCCAGGCUCUGCGGAGUGGGGCAGUCGCGGAGGUGCAGGCGGCGACAGCGACAGAACCAGCAGGGCCAAGACAGUGACUCUGAGAUGGAUAUGGACGAAGAAGAGGGAGAACGGAUUGUGGGUAAAAUUAAAGCCGAGGCCAGUUCCUGCCCGCUGGACGACGCAACUGCUGUACCUGGGCCGGUGGCCGCAGAUGUCAACAAACACCACGGCAGCAGCAGAACCCCGAAUCCGCAGUCAUUAUUGCAGCUACCGCCUGAACUGUUGGUUCAUAUAUUCUCUUCGUUGCCGGGUACAGCGCUACCGAACCUAGCGCUUGUCUGCAAAAAAUUCAGGCAAAUUCUCAACACUGAAACUAUAUGGCGAAGACGCUGCAACGAGGAGUUUGGUAUGAUGGAGGAUCUUCGUAAGAUGGAGGUGGUGGGUGUGUCCAGCCGGGAGUUAUAUGUGAAACGGGUCGAUCCAAGGGUCAAGUCAGGACGUUUUAUCAAACUCCUUCCAGAUUAUGAGCACAUGGACUAUCGGGAUAUAUAUACCCACUUGCUGCACCCGUACAGACACAUCUUGGGCCUGUGGCAGCCAGACAUCGGCCCAUACGGAGGGCUGCUUAAUGUGGUGGUGGAUGGCUUGUUUAUUAUUGGUUGGAUGUACCUGCCUCCUCAUGACCCCCGUGUCGAGGACCCCAUGCGUCGACGGCCCCUGUUCCGCAUUCACAUGUGGGAGAGCAGCAAGGCCCUUGUGGAGUGCAUGUAUGGCCACAAGGGACCACACAAGGGCGAUAUUCAAACGGUGAAGAAGGAUGAGUUCUCCACCAAGUGUAACCAGACAGAUUACCAUCGCAUGCCUGGGGGCAGGCAGGAGGAGUUUCGUACGUGGCUGGAGGAGGAGUGGGGGAGGACACUGGAGGAGAUCUUCCAUGAGCACAUGCAGGAGCUCAUACUCAUGAAGUUUAUCUACACCAGCCAGUAUGAUAACUGCUUGACGUACCGGCGUAUCUACCUCCCCCCGCCCCUGCCCUCGGACCUGCUGCAGCCUGGCCUCUUCAAGGGCACCUAUGGCAGCCAUGGUCUGGAGAUCGUCAUGCUCAGCUUCCACGGUCCGCGAGCCAAAGGAACCAAGCUCACUGGGGACCCCAACGUGCCAGCAGGUCAGCUGACUCUGGACGUGGACCUGAGACGAGCGCUGCAGCUGCCAGACCUGGAGUCCCAGCAGAGCGUGGAGGAGCUGUCCCGGUUGGUCCUAGGGGUCCACGAGCAGGUGCAGCGUGAAGCCCAGGAGCCGCCCCCCCAAGGGGCAGAAGGCGGAGCGGAGUCUGAGGAGAGGGCAGGACCUGUGUCGGGGGCAGAAGCCAUGCCUGCCAGUUCUUCCCGCGAACCUCUGCCCUUCGUUUUGCCCCUGGGUAUCAUGGCUCGAAACGAGGUGUACCCUCGUUCCUGCAAGAUGUGCUUUUAUGGCACGGGCCUGAUCGCGGGCCACGGCUUCACGAGUCCCGAGCGCACGCCCGGGUUGUUCGUCUUGUUCGAUGAUGACCGCUUUGGGUUCAUAUGGCUGGAGCUGAAGUCCUUCAGUCUGUACAGCCGUCUGACGGACCGCCUUCCCUACGCCCAGGCCCCUUCUAUGGAGCACUUUGAGGACAUGCUGCGGAGUAUGCAGUCCUGGACGUCCUGACGGAAGCCCCGCCCCGCCCUGCCGACGCCCUGCCCCAUAGCAGCAUGCACACGGGUCAUGUGAUGCAGGAACACACCGCUUUCCAAACUAAUUGGUGAUGAUGAUGAUUUUAAUACUGCUGGAAAUGAUUUCACCUGACAAACUGCGUGCCUCCAUUUUGUAAUCAAUAUUUAAUCAGAGCUUAGCUUACUCCAAGAGGAGACACAUACUCACAAAUAUGUAGUAUAUGAAAAAUAAGCUGUAAUCAUGCAGUUUGUAUGAGAGUGUGAAGGCCCUGUUCUGUAAUGUACGCUGCUGUACUACAAAGUGCAUGGCACUCUCAAUAUGAAGAUGAGUUAAAAUGUUAAAAUACUGAAAGGUUUGGUAGGCCUGAAUCUCUGAGCUGCUGUUCCUGUCUUCUUUCCCCACCAAGUAGCUCUGCCCAUGGUCAGGAAUCUCAUCAUGUGAUUGGUUACUUGUUUAGUUCAUUGUGUGAUUGGUAGCUUGUUUCUGAGGGCUUCGUGAUCAGGUGGAUUAUGGCUCCUUACUCUCACCCCUGACUCUCUGCAACACUAAUUUACAUGGGUGGGUUUAAUGAUGAGACAUAGCACUUUUGUCUUAGUCUGGAACCUGCAACCUUUUCUGCCCAAUCUCUUAAAAUGCUGUUUUCCUGUAGCCAUGUGGCAGCCCCUUAGUAAAGCAUCAUCAGGUUUACCUGUUAAUGGGAAAUGUCAUAAUCUCACUGUUAUGACACAGAGAGAAAGCCUUGCAGAGACAAGAGUAAAGAUGCAGAUGGUAGCCAUCUUUCUGCUGACCAGCCUGAGUGUGUCUAAUGGCCAACAUGGUUCUGUGUGUCUGAUCCGAGUCAACGUGGUGCUGUGUGUAAUGGGUCUCAGACUUGAUCCUUUGGACCCACCAUACAUGCUUGUUUUUAUUUCCAACCAUAAUUUCCCUCUUAAGGCUAUGUCUGCCAUUAAGAAUACAUGUUCUACAUUCACAUCCUGGGAAUAGGAGGAUAGACUAAUGAUUUAAUUGUCUGUGAUUUGCUGGAUGAUAAAUGAUUCCUUUAGAAAUAAUUUACUUUUAAAAUUGACUAUAUUAUAAACUGACAGGUCAAAUCAGUGAGGUCCUAGCUGGUCAUCUGGUCACUGAAACUAAACUAGCCUUUUGUAAAAAACGGCUAAGCCCAAGUUUCUAAACUACUGGCAGGGAGAGAGAGAGAAGGGUAGAACAGCAGCCGUAAGGAGGAGCCAAUGCAGUAUUAUCAAUCUAUACAAUACAGUAGUCAUUUGUUCUGUUAUACUGCAUGGAGAAGAAAGGGCUACAAAACGACAGCAGAAUUAUUGACAUAUUUAUUUAUAAUGUGCAGUUUAUGUGCUGGUCUCAGACCCGAGCAAUGCGCAGUGAGGCUUCCACUUUUUAAGUGCACUUUUAAAGCAGGUAAUGGAUGUGUGAUUAAAUACAUUAACUCUAGAUUUAGCCAUACUUUUCUAUUUCAUUGAAGCUUGGGUUCAUUGAAGUCUCAUUUACAGGCGUUCACAGAAACAAAAAUACAGUUAGACGUAUACGCACACAUACCAGUUAUUUCAUGAGUAUAUAUUAAUUGUAAGCUCUUUGAUUUAGAUACGGGUGCACGUAGUUUCGUUGAUAUUGACGAAUUUUAGUACAAAAAAGUUUUAGAAGUGCAUCACUCAGCUUGCCAAAAAAGGCAAUUUUGUUCAAAGGUAUGGCUGUAAGGACUCUUGUUUUGUUCUCAUAUGUAACAGUGGUGUCUAUCUGAUUUGCAAUUGUUUGAAUAUUGAAAUGUUAAUUUUAUUUUUUGGGGGUUUCAUUUGUACAUGUCAAAUACCACUUCCACUGGACUUCACAGAGUUCUGCAGCUUUACUGGUUCUCUGUUCUCAAUAAACACAAAAAUGUA